UGACUGCUCGGCGCUCCCGACGGGCCGGGCGAGAUCUUGAGCCCCGCCCGGAGCCGGAAGGAUUCGAGGCCUUCCCAGGUGGCUCGGUAGAGGCAGCGAGUCCUCUCCGAGGGAGCCGGCGCAGAGGACUCGCAUUCAGCAUGGCUUCUCCAGCUCUUCUCAUGCGUGUGGUGGCCUCAGCAUACUCUGUUGCAGAAAAAGCUGCAACAAUUGUUAGAAAUGUCAUGUCUGCAGGAGAUCUGGGCAUAGUUGAGAAGGCUGGACCCAAUGACUUGCAGACCAAAGCUGACCGACUGGUACAGAUGAGCAUUUGUGCUUCCCUGGCACGGAAGUUUCCCAAGGUGACAAUCAUAGGAGAAGAAGAGCUGCCCACUGAUGAUGUAACUGAGGAUUUAAUUGAAAAUGGUCACUCUGAAGAAAUACUGAAGAAACCUUGUCCUCCUCAGUACACAGGAAUUAAAGAGGAAGAGCUUGUAAUAUGGGUUGAUCCCUUGGAUGGAACCAAGGAGUACACUGAAGGUCUCCUUGACCAUGUAACAGUUCUCAUUGGAAUUGCCUAUGGAGGCAAAGCAAUAGCAGGAGUUAUUAAUCAGCCAUAUUACAACUAUGAGGCAGGAGCUAAUGCUGUGCUGGGCAGGACAAUCUGGGGAGUGCUGGGCAUGGGUGCCUUUGGCUUUCAGCUGACAGAAGCUCCUGCUGGCAAACACAUCGUAGUUACCACGCGCUCCCACAGCAGUGCCCUGGUGAACGAGUGCAUCGCUGCCUUGAACCCAGACCAUGUCAUCAGAGUUGGAGGAGCAGGAAACAAGAUCAUUCAACUCAUAGAAGGCAAAGCAUCUGCUUAUGUAUUUGCCAGUCCUGGGUGCAAAAAGUGGGAUACAUGUGCACCUGAAGCUAUCCUACAUGCUGUGGGAGGCAAGUUAACUGAUAUCCGUGGAAAUUCAUUUCAGUAUAACAAGGAGGUGAAACACAUGAAUUCAGCUGGGGUCCUUGCCACUUUGAGAAAUUAUGACUACUAUGCCAGUCGCAUUCCAAACACUGUGAAAGAAUCUCUUGUGCCUUAAAGCAGGGAAGAGUCUUCACUUGGCCUGGAAGGCUGAGAAAAUGAGCUUGGUAAAAAAGAAAGCAAGAAGAUGACUGAGCAUGAAAUUCUGUUUCAUAGAAUCUGAACUGAAUUCUUUCAGUAAGGUGUUCAGUAAUUUCAAAAUCAUACAGAAUCUCUAAGUAUCUGUUGAUCAGAUUGUUUGGCUGUGUUGAGCAGACAACAUCAAAAGUCAUGUUUCUUUAGUAGUUUUCUAUAUUCUUUGGGAGAUUUUCUUCCUCAUGACUGAGUGUAAUACACUGCUAAUCAUAACACUGCAGACCAAAAAUCAUCUUCAUAUUCUGAGCACAAAAUCAUGUUAAGUCAUGUACCUGAUCUUGUUCAAUGGUUUUUGUUGUCAAUAAGGGUUAUUGUGUUAAAUACAAAUGGACUAAGUAUUUGCCUGGAUGGAUGAUCCCAUUUGUUAUAAAGUUGCCAGUUUUGAUUCUUA